AUUGGACAGCCCUGAAUCAAGCAGGUGGCUGAUCAGGCUUCAAAUAUGAGCUUUUCCCUAGGUGCCAGUCUUUCUGCUCUUCAGUGUUAGCCCUGAGACCCUGAAAUAUCUUUGAUCGUGAAGCGGACUGAGAUUACUUUUCAUCAUCAUGGUUGAGCAGUUUGUUGGAACCUGGACUUUGCUUUCCAGCGAGAAUUUUGAUGAAUACAUGAAGGCAAUCGGUGUGGGCUUCGCCACCCGGCAGAUGGGAAACAUGGCAAAACCUAACCUGGUGAUCAGCGUGGAUGAUGCUGGCAUGGUUUCAAUGAGGUCUGAGACUACUUUCAAAACGACGGAGAUCAAAUUCAAGCUGAAUGAAGAAUUUGACGAGACUACUGCAGAUGGCCGAAAGACCAAGACCCUGAUCACUCUUGAGAAUGGCAAACUCGUGCAACAACAGACGUGGGAGGACAAGAACACAACACUAGCACGAGAGGUUCAAGAUGGAAAACUAACAGCUAAAUGUGUCAUGGGUGACGUGGUUGCAGUGAGGAUCUAUGAGAAAGGAGCAUAAUCCGACAUCAGUUUUAGAAUAGACUUUCACACUACAAGAUGAGCCACUGGCAAACAUGCCAAUAAAGUCUGAACUGUGAAUAUCUGUAA